AUGCGAUCAGAAGGCGUCGCCCUCCAUGACCCAAGAUACAAGGAGGCAGAGGUACAGUCAGGGAAGACCAUCACCUCUUUGAUCGCUGCUAUCAACCUUGGAAAGAAUCACUGGCACAAUACAUGGGAUCCACUGGCUGAGGAAGCAGAAAAAUCUGUUUCACCCUACAUCAGCGGGCCGAUGCGAAUUGGCAUUAUAGGCGAGACUGGGCAAGGCAAAUCUUGCCUUAUCGGAAGUCUGUUAGGCGACGAGGGUGUUGUUCAAACUGCAAAGAGUGGCGAGAGCCUGACCAGAGUGAUUCUGGAGUACCAUCACUGGGCCGAUCACGAUUCACGCUUCAAGUACCGCGCUAUUAUCUCUCUCCUCCCGUGGGAAUCUGUACAGAAGCGGAUCGAGACGUACUUCGAACACUGGAACCACGGGCUUUUGUCACAUCAAGACGAGAGCGAGCAUGAAGAUGAACAUGAAGAUGGAGAACAAAGCCCAGAUCCUGCAGGCCCAGAUUCUCCUGGGGCAGAUACGGAAACAGCUACAGGGUUUUUCCAAGCACUGUUCCGUGGAGACCCCCAUUUUGAAGACGAGGAGACCAUGAAGGAGUACCUGUUGAGCAGUGAACGGUCACCUGUGCGACAUGAUAUACGAGAUCAGCUCAUCAGGCGCGCUCGCGACAUGUACGACGAGCUUGAUUGUCAGGAUACAAAUAUAUACAAACGAACCACCGAAGAGCUGUGGCAUGAGCUUGCUCGAUUCACGCAUGGUCGCUCGGCCGAUGACUCAAGAAGAGGUUGCGACGCUUGGCCCUUCGCCGAAGUUGUCAAAAUCGGCGGCCCCUUUGCCCUAAGCGAGCACAUCAUCAUCGCCGACACGCCAGGUCGAAACGACUUGAAUCGCCUUGCACGUGCCAGCGUGGACGACUAUCUACCGUCUUGUUCGUCCGUCAUAAUAGCAUGCAACAUUAGUCGCAUCAUAUCUGACGACAGCCUCCCCAAUCAAAUUGAGAAGAUCCAGCGUCACCGUCCUGUGACAGUAGUCGCUACAUUCUCUGAGGACGUUGGCCUAGUCCCCAGCAGGCACACUAAGCUCAGCCCAGGCGAGAAGCAUACGUAUAUGAGGCUUCACGAAAAACUCAAACAGCUCCAGAACGAAGAGUUGGACCCGUCCGCCGCUGAAGCUAUACUACGCAACCAGUUGAAGCAAAAGCAUGUUAAGAAAGCCAUUGCGCAAGUGCUUGUUGAGGAACGCAGCCGGCGCGUGAAGGAAAGGCUUAUGGCAGCAGCACGGGGCAAAGGCCGUCCUCACGCAGUGUUUUGUGUGUCCGCUUUCGACUAUCAGCGUAACAUUAGGGGGAUUGCUGCUCACGAUUCCGCCCUUCUUCCUCUCAGCCCCAAGGACACGGAGAUACCUGCAUUGAAGCAACAUCUCAUCUCGUUAUGCUCGCCCAUGCGAGUAGAAGAGCUAGUCCGCUAUGUGGGCGCAACAUUACCAGGUCUCAUGCUUAGCAUGCAGAUGGGGAUCAACAAACGAACUGAUGUGUUCCAACUCAAAAUCGAAGGUGGCGUCGAAAAUCUGAGUAGUACAUGUGUAAAGAAGGUCCAUCGAUGCAUCGACGAUGUAUUCAGGGAUCGAAUCGAAAAGCCCUUACUGGUCACCUUGCAAAGUUCGACUGAUGGCGUUCAAGGCAAUUACAAAAAGCCUAGAAAGGGCAAGCCCAGUUGGAACCAUCAGUUGCUCGAGCAGCACCGCAUGAGCCUCAACCCGAUUUUUCAGAACAUCCAUGAAGCUCUAUGGAAUAGUAUCGAACCAGUGAAACGAGAAAUCCUGUCAGCAAUGGGGAAGCUAGCCGAGGACAUUCGCAAGCAGUAUCCAGACUCUAGACCUGCUGAGCUGAACCUACUCCUCAACAGCAUCUACAUGAAAUUUGCACCUGUUACCACGAUAAAAACCAAGUGCAUUACCAAUCUGAGAACGUUCAUCGAGAAGCAGAGAUUACGCUGUCUUACUGACACUGACGAUAUCUCCUACUUCGGGUACGCCAUGAUCGAUGUAUACAACAAGAGCAAAGAGAUCAGGCGAGGAAACAAAAAGGAGGAGACACGUAAGGUCAUGCAACAUAGAACGUUCAAAAGACUGCUUCGCGACGAAGAUACAACGCCAUACCACGCGAUUUGUGUAAAACUGGAAAAUGCCAUCGACCGUCAAAAGCAGGUGAUCAAGGAGUACUUGGAGGAGAAGAUUGAGUCGUUAUUCCAGGCCAUCGGUGAUGAUCUGAAGCGAUUGGGAGUGGAGCAGGCGAGCCUGGACCACAGCGAAGACCGCAAGGUUCGUGAGUCGAUUGGCAGGACGCUUUCGAAGGCCAAGGAAGAUCUUGGGACGAUUGAGGCGUUGUUGAAGGAGAGCGGCGUUGAUUGCGAUGGUAUCAAGGAUCAGUUGACGUAA